GAGCGAACGUGAACACCCAGGCGGCGGAUCUGGCCACGCCGCUGCUGAUCGCCUCCCAGGAGGGCCACCGGGCGUGCGUGGAUUUCCUGUUGGAUCACGGAGCGGAUCCCAACACAGCCUGCAGUCACGACUGGCCCCAGCUGCCCAUCCACGCCGCCGCCGAGUUUGGCCACAUCGGGAUCCUGAGGCGGCUGAUCGCCGUCACGGAUCGCGUGUGUGACCGCGGUGACGGCAUGGUGAGCCCGCUGUACGUGGCCGUGCACAGCCACCAGAGCCAGAGCGUGGAUCUGCUCCUGAGGGAGGGUUACAGCCCGGACGCCCAGGACUGCACCCACAUCCUGGGCAUCCGCUCCCCGCUGUCCUUCGCCCUGUGCUGCACGUCCAAUAAAACACACAGUGAAUCUGUGAGGCUGCUGGUUGCUGCAGGAGCGAGUCUGAGCGAGGAGGACUGGAUUUACGCUUUGGCCACCGACAAAACGGACCUGCUGAAGCUGAUCCUGGAGCACCGGUGGAUCCCUCGACCCGACGCUCUGACCCGGGGCUGCUCUGUGUCACGUCAUCGUGGGAAAAGUGUGUUGACGCUGCAGGAAGUGAGGGAGCUGCUCUGCGUGGCUCUAAACCAAGUCCACUUUGCAGCCUGCUGGCUUCCUCUGCUGCUGCAGGCCGGACUGGAACCUCCUCUGCUGCUGCAGCCUCACAUGUUGGAGCAGGCGGACAGUGAAGUGUUAAAUUACCUGCUGGAGUUUGUAAACUGGUCGACUUUGUCUCCGUCGCUGAAACUCGUCCUGGAUCGAAGACGAGCAGAGAAAACCUGGGAACCACAUUUUGACUCCGUCCCCCGUCUGUCUCACAUCUGUCGGCUGCAGGUUCGGUCCGCGCUGGGCCCAGAUCGCCUGAUGAGGACUGAUGUGGUCCAGCAGCUCCCGGUGCCGUCCCCGCUCCACGACUUCCUCCGGUUCAGAGACAUCCCAGCAGCCUCCUACACACACUCACCGCCGUCUCCGCUUUCUGACCGAAUACAGAGAUACCGCAACACGCACCAGCACAGACACGUCCUCUGACCCAGAGCCACGAAGCCGAAUCUUUGCUGUGAGGAUUUGAUGCCUGUUUUGUUUGUUCAUGAGAAUAAAGUGGAAAGAUUUUGGA